CCGCAGGGACACCGCGAUGGCCGCCCAGGGAGAGCCCCAGGUCCAAUUCAAACUCGUGUUGGUGGGUGACGGUGGGACUGGGAAGACCACCUUUGUGAAGCGUCAUUUGACCGGAGAGUUCGAGAAGAAGUAUGUAGCGACUCUGGGCGUCGAGGUGCACCCGCUCGUGUUCCACACCAACAGAGGGCCCAUCAAGUUCAAUGUGUGGGACACGGCUGGCCAGGAGAAGUUCGGCGGCCUGAGGGAUGGCUAUUACAUCCAAGCCCAGUGUGCCAUUAUAAUGUUUGAUGUAACAUCGAGAGUUACCUACAAGAAUGUGCCUAACUGGCAUAGAGAUCUGGUACGAGUAUGUGAAAACAUCCCUAUUGUGUUGUGUGGCAACAAAGUGGACAUUAAGGACAGGAAAGUUAAGGCAAAAUCAAUUGUCUUUCACCGAAAGAAGAAUCUUCAGUACUAUGACAUCUCUGCCAAAAGUAACUACAACUUUGAGAAGCCCUUCCUUUGGCUUGCUAGAAAACUAAUUGGAGAUCCUAACUUGGAGUUUGUUGCCAUGCCUGCCCUUGCUCCACCAGAGGUUGUCAUGGACCCAGCUUUGGCAGCACAGUAUGAGCACGAUUUAGAGGUUGCUCAGACAACUGCACUCCCGGAUGAGGACGAUGACCUGUGAGAGGAUGAAGCUGGAGCCCAGCGUCAGAAGUCUAGUUUUAUAGGCAACUGUCCUGUGAUGUCAGUGGUGCAGCGUGUUUGCCACUUUAUUAUAUAGCUAAGCAGAACAUGUGCUUAAUUUUUGGGAUGCUGAAGGAGAUGAGUGGGCUUCGGAGUGAAUGUGGCAGCAUUUAGCUGUUUCGGAACAUAGUUGUUUCCUUUUUGAGUUUCAAAUAUGACUGCUAUAAGUCACAUCACAACAUUCAGUGGUGAAAUUCUGUUUGUUACUGUCAUUCCCAAUUUCUUUUCGUUUAGAAUCAGAAUAAAGUUGCAUUUCAAAUAUCUAAGCAAGUGAAUUCA